GGUCAAACGCCAAAAACCCCUCACCUUUCGAGGACCCUCCGGACCCCCCAAUUCGGACAGCACCUCGCAUCCCGAAUCCCGUACGCACCGCCAUGGAAAUGGAGAUCGAUGCUCCGAGCCCGAAGCCAGAGCAACGGCCGAUCAGGGACGGGGACCUCUUCAAAGCCGCCGAGGGAGGCGAUUCGGCGGCGUUCAGAGCGCUCGCGCUGGACCAGCUCUCCAAGGCUCUCUCCCUCCGAAACGAGGACAGUCGCUCCCUCCUCCACGUCGCCGCUUCCUCUGGUCACGCCGAGAUAGUAGAAAUACUGUCAGAUGCUGAUCAGUCAACAAGUGUGAUGAACAGCAAAGAUGAAGAAGGUUGGGCCCCGCUUCAUUCUGCGGCGAGCAUUGGGAAUGUGCAGAUUGUGGAGAUCUUGUUGAGGAAAGGAGCUGAUGUUAACUUAAAGAAUGAUGGUGGACGCACUGCUCUUCAUUAUGCCGCCAGCAAAGGAUGGUUGAAAGUUGCUGAAGUUCUUAUGUCACACAGUGCAAAUAUCAAUGCAAAGGACAAGGUAGGGAGCACUCCAUUGCAUCGUGCUGCCAGCACGGGGAACUCGGAAAUGUGUGAACUUCUGAUUGAGGAAGGAGCUGAGGUUGACCCUGUUGAUAAGGCAGGCGAAACGCCUCUGACGUCUGCAGUAAUUUGCCACAAUAAAGAGGUGGCUCUGCUGUUGAUAAGGCAUGGAGCAGACGUAGACGUGGAAGAUAAAGAAGGAUACACCGUGCUUGGCAGGGCAUCGAAUGACUUGAGACCAGCACUUAUUGACGCCGCGAGAGCCAUGAUUGAAGGAUGACCCCUUUUUGUGAUUUAAUUUCCCCCCAGUUUUCAUGACAAAUUGUGCUCAGCUGGAAUUAUUUCGGCAAGGAGAUGCAGGGAUUUGUAUCCUGAUGUUUCAAUUAACUUGAUAUCGCAUGCUAUCUGGUUAUGAAAUCAUUGUUUGUUCCUGCUUAGGAUUGUUCGACGAACAGGGAUUCUGUAUGCAGUGAACUGUUGUCGUUGCUUGGAUCGAGUAGUUCAUUAAUUUUGUGCCCAUAAGCACGUGGCAUUA